GCCCCAGAUGCCAAUGCUUCAAGUUACCCCGAUUACAAGCUUGGGCACACUGUCAAGGAGGUCGAACGCAUGAGAAACCAGCAUGAGUGGAUCAAGGGUUCCUUCGGUAGCCUGAUCAAGGCCCCAAUCGACUACUUCAAGCAAGGUCAAAAGAUCUUGGACUCGGCGACGGCAGACGGCACCUGGCUCUACGACAUUAGCAGUCUCUUCCCGCCCGAGACCGAAAUGGUUGGGUUCGACGUCGCACCUGAACUUUAUCGGUCCCCUGAUGACCUUCCUCCGAACGUCAAGCUGGUCCCCGGCGAUCUGACCAAGGACCUCCCCGCCGAAUGGAACCAGAGGUUCGACCUUGUCCACCAACGAUUCAUCUGCCCAGCUUUCCCCGGCGCCACCGUGAAAGAGUUCAUCGGCAAAUUGAUGGCGUGCGUAAAGCCGGGCGGCUGGAUCCAGCUGGUCGAGCCGGCUGCGGGCGAGAACGUGUCGGGCCCGGAUGCCGCUGGCUUCGUCAUGUUGCAUCGGCUUGCGGCCAUGUUCAUGGGAUCCCCGGAUCCGAAGGACGCUGUCGUCUCGACGCUGAAGGAAGGUGGAUUUAUCAACGUGGGCAUCGAGUCUUUGGACAUUGUGGUGGGAGUGUACCAAAGCAACAAGGAGCUGGAUGCCCGCGGCCGAAAGAACAUGCGUGCCGUGAUAAGGAACAUGAUCCAGAUGGUCGAGUACCAGAAGACGGACAAGGACACUAUCCUGGCUCGCUUCGAUGACGAUAUGGAGAAAUAUCGCUGUGGGAUGAGACACACGAUCAUUUGGGCCCAGAGGCCCGAGUAG